CCGGCAGCGUUCAGUUCUCGUUUGACUCUUGGCGCUGCACGUCAGACCCACGCGCGCGCGCACACCGAACACGACAUGAAAAAAUAAUAUUUUUGUAUAGCAUAUCAUUAUAUUUUAAAAGUAACGUCGUCGCCCACCGGCUGCGUGAUAUCAUUUUUUAAAUUUUUAAUCACAACUUCAUUGCAGUACACUCGAUGUUGUUUUACACGUUUUGCGUUUAUUUAUAUUGCGUUUGAUAUAUUUUUCAAUAUUUUUCGAUUUUUCACACAGACACACACACACACACACACACGCUCACUCACUUGUACAUCUAUAUUAUUUUUCGAUGUGAUGACACCGACUUUUUGGAUACGAGACCAUCGACCAUCAGUGAAUCUGACAAAUGUACGAGAAUAUCAAACAUAACCGUCGGCAAUGUUAAAGUGGACCGUAGUCGGACAGAGGGGUGGGGGAACGGCGACGUGGAGACAAACGACGGUGGCCGACGAGUCGCCGCCGUGCUUUUCGGAAAAGCCGCGACGAAGACGACCGUCCAGGAUGUCAGGCAAACACGACAAGGAAAACGCUGAAUGUGUGGACGUGAUGACACCGACAGCGAAGACUUGUCGCCGACGUCGUCGGGAGAGCUUGAGGGACGUGAGCAACCACAACAGCCCGGCGGUGGUGGCGUUGCAGAUAUCACCGGGCGGCAGACGGACGAAAAGUCCCUGCACGGAAGUCCAUUGGAUGCCUGCAGUGCAAAAGAGACGAUCAGGUGACGAUAUAUGUUGGACGGACGAUAAGGUGAAACGGAAAAAGCCGUGCACGGCCGACCAUGUGAUCUCUUCGGCGUACUCGGCUGUCGCGACGUUCGCCUCCACAGCAACAGCAGAAUUUGCCUCCACCGUCACCGUCACCUCCCCGGUCGACGAGCAGCUGUGCGUGUCCAUGUCUCCUGCCGAAGAACCGGUUCAGCUGUCGCACAAACAUUUGCCCACGAUGCCGACGGGUCAGCCUCGCACCCAGGGUGAUCUGCGCGCGUCCAGGCUGAUCGACCGGUACGUGGAUCAGAUCCGCAUGGACGACGUUACGUUCGUCCGUGGAGACAGCGAACGGCUCAGCAUCGUGUCGCCGCUGGCCAAACGGCUGGCGGAGAUCCGGUUACGGCGAUCUCCCGGGACGGCGAUAGUGACGACGACGGACGCCUGCAAGAGAAAACGAUCGCUGUCCGAUUGCGAAGACGACUGGCCGGAGACGCCGAUCGCCGGCAACAAACGGCCCGUCGCCUCGUGGUGGUGGCAGUGCUCAGGUGGCGGCGGCGGCGGUGGUCUCACUCUGCCCGACGGCCUGCCUAGUCCGUUCCCCUCGACGCUCAACCGUCACCGCGUCGGCGGCCCACUUCACCAGCGGCGGAUCGGGACGCCUAGCCCCAUCACGCCACUUCACCGGCAGUCGGCCGCCGACGAUUCUGACGACUAUUGGAAGACACCCGUCGGACCCUCGCUGGCCACCGGCAUUCGCACCGACCGGCUGCUGUCCACCACGUCGUCCACAACCGUCGAUGACGAGAUCAUCUGCUGCAGCGAUCCACGUAGUCCGGCUGUACUGGACGAGACGUUCACGCUCAAGUCCCGCAGGUGUCUGUCGUUCGUUUCGCCGCCGCCUGAUUCGUCGGCAAAAAAGCGGAACCGGAAGUCAUUGAAAAAACCGUCUUCCGCCACUGCCGACAAAGCUUCAGGCCUAGAGGUAUCCAUUGAAUUGAAAGACUCAACACACUUAACCGUACUACUUAAAAGAGGCAGAAAUCUGGUGUGUGCAGACGGUGAACCGCCAAACACUUAUAUAAAGGUUUACUUAGUACCCGGCAAAGGAACUUGUCACAAGACCCGAGUGCGGCACAAUUCUACCAACCCUCGUUUCGACGAAUCUUUUUCCGUCCCACUCUCUGAGGAAGAUCUGGACAAGAGAAUAUUGAUAUCCGCUUGGCACCGAGACAGAUCUAAAAGGAGGAGCGAGUUCCUGGGCUACAUGUCGUUUGCGGUGAAAAACGUCCUCAAAAAAGAAAUAAACGGUACGUUCAAACUCGUACCACAAAGUCCCGGGCGAAUGCCACCGCACUCGACUCCGGCUCAUCGACCACAAGACCUGACCGUGGUUAAGACCGUACACUGCAGCACCGAUGACGAUGAAGAAGACAUCAUGAUUGAUGACGAAACUACACCCAGUAAUCGUUCAGUGUCCGUCAAGGUAAAAUCUAGUCAGAAGCCAAAAAAAGACACACUGACCGCUAAAACGGGCAAUGAAGAAAACAAAUUCUUGCAAUACCUGGAGCUGGACCCACCACUGUCGUCCAAUAAGGAUGGUAGAAGUGGCAGAACUCCUUUCACGAUUACCAAACGGUUGUCGAAACCCUCGGGAUCCAGUUUUGGCUUUUCCAUAGCGUGGACACACCCCCCGAGGGUGGAAAGAGUGGAGUGCGGCUUACCUGCGGACCAAGCGGAUCUGAAGCCCGGAGAUUAUGUAGUAUUCAUCAAUAAAACUAACGUAGUGAUGAUGGCCGAAGACGACGUCAUGGAGUUGAUUAAAUCGUGUGGAAAUCAGCUGUCGUUGGAAGUGUACAACAAAACGACGACGGCCAACCGGAGGAAGAAUCAACCGCCUCCAAGGUCUGCGUCCACCCCUGGCGUACUCAGCCUGGCAGCCGCCGCGGUCAGCCAGAGCGACACGACCGUUUCACUUCAAGAGCCGCCCAGAAGACGAUUUCACAUACCUCAAGUGACGUUCACGUCCGAGAACCUUUCCGGCGAUAUGGACUCGCAACUGAGGUGGAUUCAUCAACUUCUCACGGCCGAGCAACAGUUCGUGUUAUGUUUACAAUUCGGAAUUGGGAGGUAUCUGUUGCCGUUGGCCGAACGCAAAGACGUGCUCAAGUCCAAAGAACACGCGGCGCUAUUUCAAAACGUUCAAGAGCUGCUGCGCACCACCGAAGACACCCUGGAGCGUAUAAUCGACAACGACUGGAAAAUGCUGGCGCGGAACACGUGCAAGGCAUACGUGAAGAAAAUCGAUCAGAUCAACGGUGCCUAUUACAAGUACUGCAAAGGCAUCAUUCAAGCGGAUUGCGUGCUAGUGGAAAAAAUACGAAAUCCCAGUUUUUUGGAGCUGAUCAAAGACCCUCCCAUACCCGACCGUAGGCCGGAUUUGAUCACGUUCAUUCACAAGCCACUGGAGCAUUACAGAAACGUAUUAAAAUGCAUGCAACUCAUUCAAAUCAAUACCGAACACGACGACGAAGGUUUUGAAGCGUUGUCACAUAUAGUCCACGAAAUGCAGACGACAUAUCGGUUCAUAACUGUGGAAUCCGGUUUGAUGGAACCGGAAGUGGACGGUAAGCCUUUACUGUCGCUCAACGAUUUGGAAGCCCGUUUGGUAUUCACCAGGUGCAAGCCUUUUACGUUGAACACGCCGGACCGUCAUUGGAUAUUCGCCGGCGACCUGAGCCGCGUUGAAGGACGGUCGGUCAGGUCGUACUGGGCGCUGUUGUUCUCCGACAUUUUGUUGUUCACCAAAGUCAGCAGGGACCGCGUGUUAUUUGUAACCGACGAACCCUUGCCGCUGUCCUCGAUUGCUCAAACACAGUUCUCUGUCAAGAAAAAAGAUACCGAAUUCCGGUUGGUAAUUAGCAGUGGGUCGGAUACGUCGUCGUGUCACAGUAGUCCGGCCAUGACCGGAUGCAGUCCUCUGUUUGCCGAUCUGUCAGGAACUCUUUCAAGAUUGCCGAAAAACAAAGGAAGAGUGAUCGUGCUCCGAGCGCCAAAGGCCGAACUGAAAGCUGUGUGGCAAAAUCUCAUUCAGAGACAAAUACUGACAAUGGACAAAAACGCAUUCGGGCCGGACGGUAAGUGUAGGGGACAGUCGUCGUCGGAACCACCGGACUCGCCGGACGACCUGUUGGCCAACUCGCUGGCCACACUGGACGACGACGUCUACGCGGACAGGCUAAAGACUUUUGCCGCAUCGUUAGUGGACGAGAGGUGUCAGAGGAUGACCAAGAGCAGCACGUGCAACAAGGGCAAGGCGCUGCACAUAUCGCAGUGGAUAAAGGGCGAACUCGGAGGUGGCUUAUUAGACGGAGGCAGUUGUGGAGGCGGCGGAGGCGGCAGCAGCGGCGACGGUGGUUACGAUGUCGAUGACUUAGAACUGUGGUCCGCGGAACAGAUGAACGCCAAACGGGAGGAGAUCGAACGUCGGUUGUCGUCGGCUGCGGCGGCCAGGGACGGCGUUGAGGCCAUCAUCGAGUACGCGACGGCGGCGGAAACAUUGUCGGUGGUCAGUAGUCCGGACGACAGCCAAAGAACCGUUGUGCCUGAAAACGUGUGCAACAAGUGUCAGAGGACGUGUGACAUUAACGGGAACCAGCAGCCGGACGCUUUCCUCGACAUGGAUCCCGAAAACAAAUGGAAACCAUCCACGGUGUCCACGUCCACAGACCUCAGCCCUUGUGAACCUUUUGGCCUUAUCAACAACAAUAACAAUAACAUCAACGACAAUACUGGAAAUGAUAAUGAUAACGUAUUCGAUGAGGACGACGAUGACGACGACGACGACGACGACGACGACGAGGACGGACUUGAACCAGAUCGACCUUACGCUUUGCUCGCUUCAUCACCGCCGCUACAACGUAGUAGUCAACAACAUUAUCAACAACAACAACAACAACAACAAAUUCGACUGCAACCUCGGUUUUCGUCGACGUGCAGCCUGGACAGAACUGGCACGAAUCGCGACCAUUCGACGGACAGUCUGGACAGAGUAGAGUAUUGUUCGACCACCGACUACCGGUGGCCGGAAGACUUUUGUCCAGUUACAGCCAGCUGUUGUCUACCGACAGACGAAGACUACAACUACGAUGCAUCGAGCGAAGAAUUCUGGGGAACGCCAAACAGUAGCACCACAUCACCGCUAUCCAUCGAAGUGAACUAUCAGGAAGACCGGAAAAUCGAAACGCUCUUUUCGUCUCCAGUAGUAACGUCAUCAACGCCUAAAGAGAGACCGGCUCGAUUAGAACCACUGAUCGAAGAAAUCGAAUCGUCGGACAACACUCCGUCAUACGAAUAUAAAGAAAUCGUUUAUGGGGAAGGUCAGACUCUGUUGAACUUUAAGACCGGGCCUGUGGCUGGGUCAAAAGACAAACACUCUGGGGACAAAUCGAUCGCCAAAAACUUUAAUUAUGGUUUUGCGAAUGCGACAGAUUUAACAUGCUGUGGCGGACGUCCGGCAGGAGUCGUCCGAAGAGGACCUGCAGCACCGAAUCCAAAAUGGGUGCAAAUUUUAUCAGGAGACGACGAGUUAAGUCUGAAAAGUCAAAACAAAACAAGGAAAUCAAACUCAAUCUAAUCGAAAGCGUAUACUUAUUACUCUUUGGUUAACUUAUUAUCUACCUUUAUUAUAUAAUAUAAGCUCAUAUUGUAGUUAUUAGGUACAAAUUAAAUGUUAAUCCUCUGUUGUAGAUAUUAUCUUUACUAGUUACGUACUUUUGACAAUAUGUGCAUUGUACAUACAAUGUACCUACAUGGCUUGAAACCAAAACAAAUAUUUAUAUUUUUUUUUAUUGUGUUUUGAACUAUUGAUAUUUUAUUAAUGUUUUCGUUAAAUUUUUAUAUGAUUUCGAUUUUGAUUUUGCAAAUCAAAAUUUAUUUUUCAGAAUUUCGAUUUAAAAUACCUUUCGAUUAAUAUGCAUGGGUUUAUAAUUAAUCAAUAUAAAUUAUAUCGAUCGAUUGGUAUUUAAAAUGUAUUUAAAGACCAGUGGCCUAAAGCCUCGCAGUUUUAAACUAAAUGAAAUAAAUGUCAAUACAAUAUAUUCAUAAAUCAAAUUAAAUAUUCAUUUUAGGUAAGACUUAUUAUUUCGUAUUUCAAAAUCAUAUUAAAACAAAUAUUGUACGUGGUUGUGCUAUGCUAAUAGACUGAUUAUUUUUUGUUAUUUUAUAUGACAAUUGACGACGACUGCAAUAGUCUCGACACAAUAUUCGGAUAUUCCACUUUAGCACGUUAUACAUAAUUCUCACUCGUUUUACUUCAAAAAACUAUUUUAUUUUUAUACAUAACAAACUUACCUCGAGUCCAUGACUCAUUACAACUUCGUUAGAAUCUAUUUUCAACAUAAUAUAAUUAACCGUUGCGUUACAAUCAAUAUGUAUACACUUGUUGACUGUUGUUUGACUGUACAAUAUAAUAUUAUACACUAUAUAUAUAAUAUAAGUAGGAGGUAUUUGAGCAUAAACUAUAACAUUUUAAAGCAACAAAAAAUAAAUCAUUUAUCGAAAUAAUAUUAUAUUAUACGUUAAUAUUAUUUGGCAAUAUUGAAGUACAAAUGGUGCGAGAGAUUUAUACAUAGGUAUUAUGCUAUACAAGCUUAACAUUUGUUAUUAUUAUUAUUAUUAUUAUUAUUAUUAUUAUUAUUAUUAUUAUUAUUAUUAUUAUCAUCAUCAUUAUCAUUAUUGCUUUACAGAUAUUUUAUAUACUAUUUCAUAAAUAAACGUUCAUAUACUUACUUAUAGUUAAGAUAGGCGAUGUGGUGCGGGAAAUCUAUGACUUUAUUGUACAUAUUUUUUUGGGAUUAAUUUUUUAAGCUCGACAAUAUUAUGAGUAACCUAAGGACUUAUGUAAGUACCAAAUCAAGAUGAUUCAAUUUUAACGGUCUCUUCGGGAGCAGGAAUAAUAAUCAAAAUGAUAGAGCUUAUACCUAGUGUAUAAGUGAAUAUAACGUAUGACCUGCAAAGAAAUAAAAAUGGACUUGAUUAAAACUUUCAUUUUAAUUUAAAUUUUAAAAUGGCGGUAGUAUGGUUUUUUCUUUGGUCUGAUUUCUAUAUUUUACCACACAUAAAAGAAAUAGAAUACCGAAGUCCGAGGCAGUUAUUCUAUUAAAAAGUAAUGAUUUUUUUGAAGAAUGUUAUUUAUUUAAUACAGCUAUUAUUUGUCUGUAGGUAUCUAUUUUUUAUAUACACUUGGUUGAAAAAAACCAUCUAGUUGAUUCAAACAAUCAAAAAUGUGUUUUUAAACUCUUUUAUUCGUAAUUGUUCACUGUGACUUCGAUAUAGGUACCUAUACUCCAAUAUUAUGUCUAUUCUAUUUUCUCAAUGUUCUAUUUUACUAUUUCUCACAUUUGUAGUUAAAAAUCCUUUAAAAUUUAACUUAUUUCACCUAAGUUACAAUAAUGUGCGAAUUAACGGUACAUUUUUUGACAUUAACUAGGUGAUAAUGGUUGAAUAUCAGGCAAGUUAAACAUAACAGCCAACAGGUGGCUUGGUGAGUACGCUCAAUCUGCGGAAACGCUCUGAGUGUAUUUACCGGUCGGCGUUGCUAGUUCUCCGAUGGGUAACCAUCCGGGAUUUUUAGCAACGAAAACUUUGCCACACGUACGUGUUCCAACGCAACUGUUCCCUCCUACAAACAGCUAAUGGCUAUAGAUUCCUAGCUUAAGUUUAAUAAUAAAAAAAAAAACAACAGAAAGUAAAAAACUACUAAAAUCAUAGUAAGCAUUUUUAUUUCUGAUGUUAUGAUAGGGAUCUAAAAUAUUUUAUUUAAUUUUCACUUUAAAUAAAAAUGCCUAUACCUUCAAAAUAUUACUCUAACAAAAACCAUACAUUUAUUUCUAAUAAUGUUCAGCUUUUAUUUAUAAAUUUGUAAUCACUUAAAUAAUUUUUCAUUUCCAUAAUUUGGGGUACUAUUAUUUUUUUUGUUUUUUGAUUCGUUUAUUUGUAAAGUGUAACUUUCAUUAUGAAUUACUAUAAUAAGCUAAAUAUGGGUAGUAGCCACUAACUUAGUACUACCUAAGUACUUACAUCUAUGAAAGCGAACAAACUAUUGCAUUUAUAUUUUAAUUUUAAGUCGACAAAAUCAGUUACUACCUACUUAUUUUAAAUUAAUUAAAAUUAAUUUUAAGUAAUUUUAUUACAUUUCUGGAUAGCUAAUCUAUUGUAAGCCUAUCCAGGAUAAUAUAUUGUCAAAAUGUUUUCAGUAAAAUAAGAACCUUAACAAUUGCUGUGAGUUGUAAAACUAAAUAUGUUUUAAGCAGUAAUACAAUUUUGAUUCCUAAUAUCCAAACAAAUAAAGCAGUACUUACCUUAGUUAAUGAUAAGUAAAUAUUUUGUGUGAACAAUUUUAUGAAUCGCAUUUUAACCUAUUAAAUAUAUUUAUUUUUAAUA